GUAUCUCUUUGAGAAUAAAAUGUAUAAACCUAAUUUGUUUUACCAAAAUGCACAAUUUAUAAUACUUAAGUACAGUGACUUUUCCUUAAAAUAUUAGGUGUGAUUAUUUUGUUUUAAACAUACUGUCUCUAAUGUACUUUCUAUUAAUGAGAAAAGUAAAAGAGAAACUACCUGUUCCUAGGAAAUCUCAAAAAAAUAAAAAUCUACAUAUAAUACUAUGUCUUUGGUCAUUAAAGAUAGCUUCUUAUUUGGGAAUUGUUUUAUGUAGGACUUGCCUAAAAAGUACUAAAGAGACAUUAGCAGCUAUUUAGGAUUUCUGACAUUCAAAGUGGUGUAGGUUAACAUGUAGCUAAGCUACUAAUUUGAAAACAUUAAUCAGAAGGAUUUUCUCCUUUUAUGGAACUAUUGCCCUUUUUUCCCCUAAAUAAAAUCUGAAUAAAGGUAGAUUUUUAUAAAGGCUAUAUUGACUAUGUAUCUCUUGUUUUUGUUUCAUGUUUGUCUUUUUAAAAAAGGAACUAUGGUGACACUGAAACUGAAGGAGAGAUUUAUAAUUCCUUAGUGCAAUAUUUUGGUAAUAAUUUGGGGCGAAAAGUUAAAGCAAUGCCAUUAGUUGAAGAAACGUCUUUACUUGAAGAUUCAUCAGUGACUUUGCCUGUGGUAGUAAUAGGAAAUGGACCCUCCGGGAUCUGCCUUUCUUAUAUGUUAUCAGGCUACAGACCAUAUUUAUCAUCAGAAGCAAUACAUCCAAAUACAGUCUUACAUAGUAAAUUACAAGAAGCAAGACAUCUUUCCAUUGUUGAUCAGGAUUUAGAAUACUUGUCUGAGGGCCUUGAAGGCCGAUCAUCCAAUCCAGUUGCAGUACUUUUCGACACACUUCUUCAUCCAGAUGCUGACUUUGGGUAUGACUAUCCAUCCAUUUUGCAUUGGAAAUUAGAACAACACCAUUAUAUUCCUCACUUAGUUCUUGGUAAAGGCCCACCUGGUGGAGCUUGGCAUAAUAUGGAAGGCUCCAUGUUGACAAUCAGCUUUGGAAAUUGGAUGGAGCUACCUGGACUUAAAUUUAAAGAUUGGGUAACUAGCAAACGAAGGAACCUAAAAGGGGAUCGAGUUAUGCCAGAGGAAGUCGCUCGGUACUAUAAGCAUUAUGUAAAAGUCAUGGGUCUUCAGAAGAACUUCAGAGAGAAUACCUACAUUACCUCUGUGUCGAGGCUCUACAGAGACCAGGAAGAUGGUGGUCGUGACAGAGCUAUUUCAGCACAGCGUUUACAGACAGAGAAGUCAAAGUUUAUCAAGAGAAACUGGGAGAUCCGGGGUUAUCAGCGAGUAGCGGAUGGUUCUCGUGUUCCCUUCUGUGUCUUUGCUGAGAACGUAGUUCUGGCAACUGGAACACUGGAUUCUCCUGCCCGUCUGGAGGUUGAAGGGGAAGAUUUUCCUUUUGUGUUUCACUCAAUGCCUGAAUUUGGAGCGGCUGUGAGCAAAGGGAAGUUUCGUGGCAAAGUGGACCCAGUGUUGAUUGUAGGUUCUGGGCUCACUGCAGCUGAUGCAGUGUUGUGUGCUUACAACAACAACAUCCCUGUGAUUCAUGUAUUUCGCAGACGAGUAACUGAUCCAAGUUUAAUUUUCAAGCAGCUUCCUAAAAAGCUGUAUCCAGAAUAUCAUAAGGUCUAUCACAUGAUGUGUACUCAGUCAUAUUCUGCAGACGCCAGUCUUUCAUCUGAUUAUACCAGCUUUCCUGAGCACCAUGUGCUUUCUUUUAAGUCAGACAUGAAAUGCAUCCUUCAGAGUGUCUCUGGGUUGAAGAAAAUACUUAAACUUUCUGCAGCAGUAGUACUGAUAGGUUCUCAUCCCAACCUGUCUUUUCUGAAGGAGCAAGGCUGUUACCUGGGCCAUAACUCGGGCCACCCAAUCACCUGUAAGGGUAAUCCUGUGGAAGUAGAUGUGUACACCUACGAGUGUGUUAAAGAAGCCCACCUUUUUGCACUGGGUCCCUUAGUUGGAGAUAAUUUUGUUCGAUUUUUAAAGGGAGGGGCACUGGGUGUAACACGCUGUUUAGCAACAAGACAGAAGAAAAAGCAGCAUUUAUUUGUUGAAAGAGGAGGAGGAGAUGGGGUAGCUUAAAGCAGGUUUACAAGUAGUUUAUAUGGACAGUUCACCAUUAAAGAUUUUUACUGUU